GCCAGUCAGCGGGUGGGGGAAGGGAGCGGGCCCCACCGCGCCGCGGCUCGUCCGGGCGGGGAGUCCGGCCCCACCGCCGGGGCGGUGGCUCGUGUGGCCGGGCAGGCAGGGCCGCUGAGGAGGCAGCGCCCUCCUGGAGCUGCUCCUGCUCCGGGAGGCCGUCGAGCUGCAGGCCGAGGGGCCGCCCUUGCCCGGGUGCCCGUUCCCGGUCUGUGCCGAGGCGCCCAGGCCGGACUUGCGGACUGGGAGGAGGCUCCUAGUGAAGCGGCGCUGCGUGAAGCGGGAAAGGGCGGGCGUGAGGCCGGGUUAAAACUGGUCUCAUCUCUUCAAGGUUGCAGUUUGAUGAGUGAAGGCAGACUGCCCCCCCCCACCCGCAGGGCUGGCCCCUCCGCUUUGCUGGCUCAGGUGUUGGCACAGGCAGGCUGUGAAUUGAAAAGUGAAUCGCAAAAUUAAUCUUGGCUUAAAAAUAAAGUUUUAUUUAUCUAUAUCUAUAUCUAUAUAUAUAUAUAUAUUUUUUUUUUAAGACUGAGUCAGCUUCCUGAGCUGUUUCAGUGCAUGGUUAGCAGAAGUGCUUGUGUGGGCAAUAGAGAUUGGGAGGCUGGUGCAGAGGAGGAACUAGUGGUAGUGGUAGAAGUGAUAACUGAAAGUGUUAAUAAAACUACUCACUAAUUAGAACAUGUGGAGUAACUCAUGAGUUAUAAUUUGGUCAUUCUUAUCUUGGUGGAGCAUUUAUUUUAAAGUUGAGGUGUAUCAAAUCUCUUUCAGUGGAUGCAUUUUUCCCUGUGCCUAAGAAUGUGUGUGUAUAUACCAGCUAGAUUUCUUCAGACAAAGACAAAAGUCUCCUAGUGGACUACUAAGCAAAUAGGUAAUCUAGAAGAUAGUGAGAACUUCACCUUUUUGGAAAUAGAUUGCCUGUUGUAUAGCGGUACUUGGAAAAAAGAAUCUGCGGGCCACUGUUGCCUGAUCGACUUCAGGAGUUGGUUGCAAAAAGACUGGCCUUUUAGGAAACGGACAACUAUAUGACUUUAAUUCUUUAAUUUUCUCAUUGUGUUCACUUAUCAGAACUAAAUUUACAUUCUGCCACAUACUGGAUGAAGUGUGGUUUUGCAUCUUGCAGAUGUGAUGAAAGGCAUUUGCCUUUCCCCUAGCUGGCCUUCAGAAUCACAAUGACAAAACGCUCAAAUAUGAGAGAAGACAAAUUUGUGGAUAUGUUAGAAGAUAGUUUUCUCCCUAACUGUGACAAAUAUGGCCGGCAGCGCGCCGGGGCUCGCCGCCCCGGAGGAGCAGCGGGACCGAGACCCCGCCGGAGCCGUUCCCGGGAGCUGCCGCCCGUCCUGCCAGAGGAGCGUAGAAGCGACAUUGUUUAUGGAGCCGCAAGUCCAGAGCGCGGAGUAAAACUUUGCACUUGUUCCCCACAUGCAAAUUGAUAAAGUGAGACCGGCUGCUUUUCCUAUUGCUGCUGCUACCUCGAGUGUUGGGGGGAGGACCCGGCGCUCUUCUCCCCCAACCUGCUGCUGUUUCCUUUACCCGACCCUGGAGCUGCUUGCUGGGUUUGCUUUGCCAUGUGGGGCUAGGAGAGGUGCAGCGAUUCUCCACGGCCUGAAGCGAUAAACAUGGAGUCGACGUGCAAAGCCGACGGCGGGGAGCAGAGUCAUCAGGGCAGCGGUACGGCAGCCCCCGGGGAGGAUUCCAUGGACUGCUACCUGCGAUCUCAGGGCUUGUACAGGAAGAGAGUUGCCAAGGAUGGAUCUUGUCUUUUCAGGGCUGUGGCCGAGCAGGUGUUACAUUCUCAGUCUCGGCAUAUUGAUGUUAGGAUGGCUUGUGUAGACUAUCUUCGUAAAAAUAGGGAGAAAUUUGAAGCAUUCAUAGAGGGGCCAUUUGAAGAGUAUUUAAAAUGUCUGGAAAAUCCACAGGAAUGGGUUGGACAAGUAGAAAUAAGUGCCCUUUCUCUUAUGUACAAGAAAGAUUUCAUAAUAUACCGGGAACCAAAUGCUUCUCCUUCGCACGUAACUGAAAAUGGCUUUUCUGAUAAGGUAUUGCUGUGCUUCUCAAAUGGAAACCACUAUGAUAUUGUUUAUCCCAUAGAGUAUUCAGAAAAGGCUGCUCUGUGCCAGUCUCUGCUGUAUGAGUUGCUGUAUGAGAAAGUAUUUGAUACAGAUGUAAAGAAAAUCGUAGCAGAACUUAGUGCUGCUGGUAUGACGGAGGAAAGUAAUGGCAGCAGUGAAGUAUCUGCUUCAGAUUCAGAAGAUGACAGCUACAGAAGUAAAGCUACGACAGUUAGUGAUAUUAAUGGAUUGAAGUCCCUUUCUGGCAACAAGCACCUUAAGAGCAAUGGGAAUCCUACCUUGUUGGACUUGCCUAAAAAAGUUCUUCAAUCGCUCAAUCCAUCAGUAUACAGAAAUGUUGAAUAUGAUGUUUGGCUCCAAUCCAAAUGGGAUCAGCAAAAACAAGAUUUUUCUAUUGCUGCUGGCAUGCAAUACUCAGUUGGAGAUAAAUGUAAAGUGCGCUUAGACCAUAAUGGAAAAUUUUAUAAUGCCCAUAUUCAAGAAGUUUGUUCAGAGAAUGGGCCAGUUGUUGUAUUUGUAGAAGAGCUUGGAGCAAAGCAUGCUGUCUCACUGAAGAGCCUUAAACCUCUUCCACAGGCCUCUCCUAUGGAGGGCUGGAACACUGUGCCAGGGAAGAAGAUAAAAAAGUAUUUCCCAACAUGGGGGCAGAAUGCUCAGCCUGAUGCUGAUUGCAGAGGGCCAAAGAAUCAGAGCAAGUCAAUAAAACCCCAGUCAGCACUACCUCCUCGACUUCAGCAUACGGUGGGAACCAGGCAGCAUCAGUUCUUAUCUUCUGGAGCCCAACCUCAUCAGACCUCAACUGAGCAAAAAGCUCCAGGCAGAAAUCCUUCCCAGACUGUAAGAAAAUCAGACCGGGAGAGAACUGAGGAUCUGAACUAUGGCAGCAGAGAUUGUAACUACUUUGGCCUGUCUCCUGAGGAACGCAGGGAGAAAGAGGCUAUAGAAGAAUCUCGGUCACUUUAUGAGAUCCAGCAGAGAGAUGAACAAGCUUUUCCCGCUCUUUCCAAUAACCAAUCAGUCUGUCAGGCUGCUACGCAGACUGUGGAUAAUUUAAACCAUACAAAGUUCUCAAAUACUGAGAGAAGAAACAGCAAGUGGACAGCAGAGGUGGAAGAGCAGAAGGAUAAAGAGUCAAACUCCAGACAGGUCCACGCGAAUCAGAAGCUUGAGCCAAAUUCAUCUGAGAAGAAUAGUCAAGAUGAGAGUCAUCCAAAAGCUUCGUCUCCUUUGGAACAAGUGAAAACAGAUUCUCCGAUUCUUGCUGAGCAAAACCUGACAGAAUGCUUACCAAGCAUAACUCCAACACCCUCACCGGUCUUUUCUGAGGUGCAUUUAUCUCCAACAGUGCCUUCUGUACCAGCCAUUGUGCCAGCUUGGCCAAGUGAGCCAACAACCUAUGGACCAGCAGGUAUUCCAGCCCAAAUACCUGCUUCUUCUUUGAUGCCAGCCCCAGCAACAGGACCUGACUCUGUUGUAUCACAGGCUCAGGUAACAUCUGCUUCAGUCGCUGGAGUUCCUGUGUCGAUACAAACCGUUAACCAGCCCUUAAUGCCUUUGCCUCAGACUCUGAAUCCUUAUCAGGAUCCGCUAUACCCUGGAUUCCCUUUCAGUGAAAAGGGAGAAAGAGCUGUUGCACCCUCUUACUCCCUGUGCAAUACUGGGGAAGACUUGCCUAAAGAUAAGAAUAUUCUCAGAUUUUUCUUCAAUCUUGGUGUGAAGGCAUACAGCUGUCCCAUGUGGGCACCCCAUUCUUACUUGUACCCCCUGCACCAGGCCUAUUUAGCCGCUUGUAGAAUGUACCCAAACGUGUCCCUUCCCGUGUAUCCGCACAACCCCUGGUUCCAGGAGGCUCCGCCAGCUCAGAACGAAAAUGAAACUGCACGAACAACCAGGCACUUUCCUGUUGCGAGUGAGGCCAGACCCAAUGGUCAAAUUCCACAGGUUGAUAGUCAGUCGCCAUCGCUGCCUCUGAUUCUACCGACGGCUCAGGUGUCAGAAGGUCAAGGACAGGUCUGUGUGGAAUCAGAGAAUCCAGUGCAAGCUCUUCAUGCAAAUUAUGAGGAGUCCCUGAGAGGGAAAAAUAUGUUCCCACAACCAGCCUUUGGACACAAUCACUUCUUAGGAGCUGUUCCAAUAGCACCUCCUUUCUUUCCUCAUUUUUGGUAUGGCUACCCAGUGCAGGGUUUCAUUGAAAAUUCAGUAGCAAGACCUAACAUUGUCAUGUCACCUGAGGACAAGGAGGCAACAGCUGGCACGUCUGCAAACGUGUACGUGGCUAAGGAAUGCGGCCCUCCAGUUCCUGUUGUAAACUGUGCAGAACAGCUUCAGAAGAGCGCCAGCAGCAGUGGCUCGAACACCGUGCCGUUCCCCGUGGCUGGUGCAGGCUGUGACGGCUGUGCCCCAAAAGAAACGUCAGUGAGGGCACCUCCUUUGGAGCAAACUUGUCCCUCAGCCUCACCUGCUAAGCAAAAACCAGCUGGGCAGCAAAAUCGUCCUCUGCAAAUACAGGGGACUGAGAGGCAGACGGUGGUGCCAAACGCUCCCCCACCUUUGGCAGGACCACCACAAAAUGAACUGAAAAAUACUAUUCCUGGUCGUAGGGAGAAGCCCGAUAAGGUUAGAGAUUCCAAGGGCGCUGGUAAUCUCCAGACAGAAAGCCGGGCACAGAGAGCGAGGGAAGAGAGCUCUGAAGACGAGAGCGACGUUUCUGAUAUGCUAAGAAGUGGGAGAUCCAAGCAGUUUUACAACCAGACGUACGGAGGAGGCAGAAGGCCCAGACUGGAGUGGGGUUAUUCUAGCAGGGGAGGAUACCAGUUCCAGAGAAACGAGGAAGCCUGGAAAGGACCACCCAGCAGAGGCAGAGAUGACGGCUACCAGAGUCAGCGGAACUUCCGAGGGAGGCCGUACAGGAGUGACAGGAGAAGGGCAACACUGGGAGAUAAUCAGAGGGGGCAUCAAACAUAGAAUGACUGAAUAAUGAACAUUUUAAAAUGCAAAAAGUAAUUUGAAGUAGCAGUUUAAAAUCUUUUUAGUGAAGUUCAAGGAUAUGUUUAACUUUUGGCGAGUAAAGACUAGGAAGAUGUGAACUUCUACCACAUGUUUUUGUGGGGAUUAUAGUUUGUUUGGCUUAGCAUUUUUUCCUCAAUGUCAAAUUAGAAAAUAAAAUAGGUUUAGUGUUUGAUAAUUUGGGUUUUUUCACCACAAAGGUUUGAGUUUGUGAAGAUGGGUAUAUACAUUUACUAGUGACAAAUAUAGCAUUUGAUGUGAUGGUAACAUUGCACCAAAUAUAAAUGUAUAUUUUAUCAUACAAUGCCUUAGUUCUGAACUGAGCUAAAGGAAUUCUCAGCCUACUGCACUGUUGUCUUUGAUAUGCUUCCAACCCAAAGGCCUUUCAUCUCAAAAAAAAAUCUGUCAAACUUGAAUGUUUCUCUUCAGUGUGUUACACGUAUGGCAGCCAGCUAACCCUGUGUCUUAGGUAUGUUGUAUAUAGUUCUUUUAAUAUUCAUAGGGUAUAUUUUUGAAUUUUAAAAAGCAUUUAUUUGUUGAAAUCAAAAUCAAGACAAGCAGUCAAGAACAGCUGUGUAUGAAUUGAUAAGGAUGGCUGUUUCCACCAAGAGUUCUUCAUGCUGGUGUGACUAGAAUGGUGCCUAUGCCAACUGAAUAAUUACAAAGACAAUAAAAAUGUAGAUGCUAUGCAUUUCCAAAAUAAUUCUGCAUCUGUUAUAAUAGCAGAAGUUUUUUUAAUGCCACUUUAACACUAAUGCACUGACAAAUCCUAGCUGUUUUGUGAGGAGAGAUGCAUAAAGUACACGUUACGGUUUUUUAAGUUUGUAUGAUUGAGCUACUGUUCAGUAUUCCUUUUGUUGUUGCACUGUCGAUGCAAAUUUCUGUUUUGCAUGUACAACUUCUUGCUGGAACCACUUCUAAAAGCAAGAUGGAGAGUCUCCACACGCUCUGCUCUUCCCUACAAUUCAGAAGAAAGUGGCUUCUGCCUUAUACUUUUACACUGUGUCAGAGUUCUGAUGCUGUUUCUUCUGACCCUGGUAAUGAUCUCUGCAGCGUUCCUGUUGCCUUUGCAGUUUGGACGUUGAGCUGUUCAAACUCGGAGAGCGCAGUGCGCACGGUGUUCACUCAGCUCUGUUGCUCUGUAAAAUUACCUGUGGUGUAUAUUUUUAUAUCUCUGUAAAUACUAGUGUAGGUGAUGGUACCUUUUUGUUCAUGUUUGAGAUUGUACACCCUUGAUCAGGAAAACUUGAGUGAUAGCUACAUGAUGAAGAAUUUCUUUUCAGAUGCAUGUCAUGUAUAAAACCGUAAUUAAAAUAACUGUUUGUCUUUUCA